AUGAUCUCGGCUGUGCUUCUCCUCUGGACUGUGCCCUGCGUGGCCAACCACAUCCUCAGCGGCUCCGUCAAGGGCGGGCUGCAGGAGGGCCCCCAGCAGCUGGCGUGCAGCGUGCCGGGGCCCCCCGGCCCCCCUGGGCCCCCCGGAGCGCCUGGCUCCCCGGGGACCGUCGGCAGAAUGGGCUUCCCUGGGAAAGACGGCAAAGACGGCAAGGACGGGGACAAGGGGGAGCACGGGGACGAAGGCCCACAAGGCAGAACAGGAAACCCAGGCAAGCCUGGGCAGAAGGGGAAAGCAGGAGCUGUUGGCAAAGCAGGUCCACGAGGGCCGAAGGGCUUAAAGGGUAAUCCUGGAAAAAAUGGAGCACCAGGAAAGAAAGGGCCCAAAGGGAACAAGGGCGAGACAGGGAUGCCGGGUCCCUGCACCUGCAAUGCCAGAGCAGCCAAAUCCGCCUUCUCUGUAGCUGUCUCAAAAAGUUACCCAAGAGAAAGACUGCCCAUCAAAUUUGACAGGAUCCUGAUGAACGAGGGAGGACAUUACAAUGCUUCCAGUGGGAAAUUUAUAUGCAGCAUUCCAGGUAUUUACUAUUUCACAUAUGAUAUCACUUUGGCCAACAAACAUCUGGCCAUUGGCUUGGUCCACAACGGGCAGUACCGGAUCAAGACCUUUGAUGCCAACACUGGUAACCACGACGUUGCCUCAGGAUCAACUAUUCUUUCUCUGAAGGAGGAGGAUGAAGUAUGGCUGCAGAUCUUUUACUCAGAGCAGAAUGGGCUCUUUUACGAUCCUUACUGGACUGACAGCUUAUUUACUGGCUUCCUGAUAUACCCUGAUCAAGAUUAUCUCAAUGAAAUAUAGGAGGAGAGACUAUCCAGUGGAGGAAAAGCAGAAAAUGCAUAGGAGAGCUCA